AUUUAUCUUCCGUUCAAUAAUACAUUUCUCGUGGAACGGUUAUUUUUCGAUCACGAACAUAUCGUGCGAGCACUGAAUAUGAAGAAAUCGUCAGGACUCAGAGUUGAACUUGAAAUACCUGAAAAUGUGAACGAUAUAACAUUAACCAAAACAAAUUUAAAAGGAGAUUGGAUAAACUUUUUUUUUUUAUUACUACUUUACACAAUGCAAGGCUUGCCAUUAGGCAUAUCCGGGGCUAUGACGAUACUAUUACAAAGCAAGAAAAAUGUGACGUACAAAGAUCAGGCAGUAUAUAGUAUAACAAAAUGGCCAUUUAGCUUGAAACUCUUAUGGGCGCCAUUAGUAGACGCACUCUAUGUACAAAAAUUUGGAAGGCGGAAGUCUUGGUUAAUGCCUGUUCAAUAUUUAAUCGGAAUAAUUUUUAUGUAUGCGGCAAGUGACAUUGAUAAUUUGUUACCUGAAACUGGAAAACCAAACAUCAAAAUGCUGGCUUACAUUUUCUUCAUGAUGAACUUUUUAGCCGCCACCCAGGAUAUUGUAGUGGACGGUUGGGCACUGACGAUUUUGAAAAGGAAUAACGUAGGCUAUGCGUCUACUUGCAAUGCAUCGGGACAAACAAUAGGUUCUAUGAUAGGUUCCAUGGUACUUAUUUUGUUUACAUCUGAAGAGUUUUGUAAUAAAUACUUACGAAAUACACCUGCUGUGGGUGGCAUAGUUUCUGUGAAAAGCUUAUUCUACGGUUGGGGAAUAAUUUUCAUAUUAGUAACAACUUUAGUUUGCAUAUUCAAAAAAGAAAAGGAUAUUGUAUUUGAGGAUGAUCACGAAAAAAUUAAUGUGGUUCAUAACUAUUUAUUAUUAUGGGACAUAUUAAAAUUACCUAGUAUUCAAAUAUUGAUGAUAAUAAUGAUAACUUCGAAGAUUGGAUAUGCUGUAACUGACAAUGUGUCUACCUUAAAACUCGUUGACGCAGGUGUAUCAAAAGAAGACCUAUCAAUGAUAGAAACAGUGAUGUCUGUAAUAAACGUUAUUAUAUCAUUCGUUAUAGGGAAAUACACUUCAGGUCCAAAACCGAUAAGUUUAUACUUGAAAAUUAUACCCAGCAGAUUGCUUUUGAACAUUGCAUUUGCUCUGUUUAUUUAUUAUACGCCCAAAUUGUUAUCACUUGAUGGACAUGGAUAUACUUCAAUAUAUUACUAUCCACUUCUCAUAUUUCUAUCAUCAAUACAACAAAUUCUAAUGCACACUAUGUUUAUAUCUACAUUAGCUUUUUUUUCUCGAAUAAGUGAUUGUCGUAUUGGUUCUACUUACAUGACGUUAUUGAAUACUUUUGCAAAUUUAGCAUAUAUAUGGACGUCAACUGCUUCAUUGGGACUGAUUGAUGUGUUGUCAUUCAAAGAAUGUUCGCCAAAUAAAUGUUCUACACUAAAAAAUUCUGAAUAUCCGUGUUUAAAUGAAGACGAGUGUAUUGUAACAGUGAGUGGUUAUUAUGUAGAAAUGCUUAUAUGCACUAUUAUUGGAAUAAUUUGGUAUUUUGCUACUAAAAAUACACUCAAAAAAUUUCAAACUAUGGAUUCUUCUCAUUGGCUGGUUAAUUUGAACAAAACAGUAACAGCCAACAGGAAAUAAAGAAAUGGGAUAUGUUGCAAUAACUGUUUGGGUAUGACCAUUUGGACGUAACUACUUCAAAGCAAGAAUUUGAAGACAUCUGUUUAGGCAUAUUUAUUUUGAGACAUAAAAUUAAUUUAAUAACUCAAAAAUUAUAAAUAUUCAAACAUAUGUUAAGCUUAACUAUUUUUAAAUAUUAAAUAUGUACGAGUACAAUUAUUGACAUUACUUGUUUUGCUAUACUCUAUACGAAAACAUAUGUUACAUAAGUAAUACUAAUUAAAAUAAUAAACCAUACCUGAGACUUGA